GUUACUUUACCAUAGCUAGAGUUGCUCGGCCGCUAUAUAUUGAUGCAUAGCCAUCUUUUAUAGUUAAAAACUUUGGUGCAUAUAUAAUAUCUUAGUCCCUUGAUAUAAUUAUAUAUUCUUUCCAUAUAUAUAAAUCAAUAGCUUAUAAGAUAAGAGAGAUAAGAGACGAGAGACUUCAUUUUAGACAUGCUCACUAUUCAUCACCUUCCUACCUAUUUCCUAAGGUUUCACAAUAAUAUUUGGUACUUUACUAUUAGUAACCACUUCUUCUUCUUCUUCUUCUUCUUCUUCUUCUUUCCCAUUUUGCUCUCUCUUCUUGACCCUCCUAGAUCCAAAGGCUAGAUAAAAACACACACACACACACACACAAUUCAAUUCUCCAUCUGGGUUUCUCACAAGAUUACCAAUCAUCAAUAAUCACUAAUCAAAAUUUGAACUUUAAUGGGAUUAAGUUCCAAACAGGUGGUGAUCAACAGAGACGGCCUUGAUUGGAGCCACAGCUUGUUGUUACAGCAGCCUGAUCAGUACACCACCACCACCGCAGCCACCAAUUUUCAGCCGCAGGCCAAAUCUCCGGCCAUGUCGACCCCCGGAAUACGGCGGCAGCAGCAGCCGCCGCCGGAGCAGCUCAAGUGUCCCCGGUGCGACUCAUCCAACACAAAGUUCUGUUACUACAACAACUACAACAAGUCACAGCCUAGGCAUUUUUGCAGGGCUUGCAAGAGGCAUUGGACUAAAGGUGGUACUCUUCGCAAUGUUCCGGUAGGCGGCGGCCGUAAGAACAAGCGCGCCAAGAAAUCAACCACCACCUCCGCCACGGCCACCGCCACAACCUCUACUAGUCCUACUACUACACCUACCCCGGCUGCCCCCAUAGAUAACAGGCUCAAUUCCCAUGUUAUGUUUCAGGCUCAUGGUCAUGAUGAUCAUGAUCAAAAAAGCAUAUCUGAAAUUCUUUAUCAAGCUGUUAUGAUUAGGCCACCUCCGCCACCACCGCAGCCGCUGCCGCUGCUGCCUCCUUCUUAUCAUCACAACAAAGAUCAUUUGAUGAUCAACAACACAACAAAUAAUGGGGUUAAGUCAAGUAUGGCUUUUCCGGCAUCAUUCUCAUCAAGUAGUACAAGCCCAUUUGAGUCUUUUCCAAGCUCAUUUGAAACCUCAGAUAUUGUUGAUUAUGGUCAUGAAGAUCAGUUCAAACUCAUGGCAGAGUCAACGGUGAGUCAACAACCACCAUGGCUGGUAGUACCUGAAGCUACAACAAGCAAUAAUAAUAACAAUAAUAAUGGAAUGGUCAUGGAUAAUACGCCAAGCUACUUGAAUUGGGAUGAUGAUGAGAUAGACACCCUUGUCUCUACUGAUCAUAUCAAUCUGCCUUGGGAUGAUUCUCAUCUUGACAUUAUUAAACCGUGACAAAAAAAAAUUGACUCUAAUUAAUUAUCAUUUUGGGGUUGUGUUUUGUACACGGGUAGUAGACAUAUAUAAUCUCUUUAUUAAUUUUACUUAGUGGUAAAUAAAUAUAUAUUUAUAUUUGUUUUUGUACUAUAUGCUUGAGGCUGUAUCUUUUUUUCAGCUUCAAGCUUGCUAAUCUAUAAGAUAUUGUCCAUUUGUAACUCUUGUAAGCUAUAUGAGUAUAUUGACUCUGUUACGUUCUAUUUUA